CAGUUAGCCCGACGAUCACGGACCGACAACAGACAGACCGAAGCUUCCACUGUUUAGCGGCCGCGCGCGUGAACCAACGUGUGCGAGUUUCUGGUACUCGCGUGAGUGCAUGUAUAUCCGAGUGUGUACGGUGCAUGAUUUUUUUUUGUUUUUUAACUACUCAAUAAAUUAUUAAAACGCCGUUGGACGUUUUUUUGUACAGAAGAAUUGGGAAAAAAAAAGUUCUUUUAAAAAAAACUAAACAAACCGAUUCUAAGUUAUCGCCGCCCCGGAUCGUGUUUAACAAUGGAAACUUGAAUCGGGAAGACAGAAUUUACGUUUAAAAUCCUCUGCGUCCAGAGGCGCAUCACGAUGGACUUUAAUUGCGCCCCGCGUGAUCAACGUAGCCAAUUCAUCGGUUUAAGUAAAUUUAAUAAGUGUGGUACUAUGCGUUUACGACCGGGAAAUCGGAUAUGUUUGUUGGCCGUCGUUUCGCUGUUUUUUGUCGCAACAUGUUCAGCGUCAUCCGUUCACCAGACUGACAACGAUUUAGUAUUUGAAGACGCGGACCAACUUGAAAAGAACAUCUUAUAUGAUAAAUGGCAUGACAAUAUACACAAUAAUCUUGUAGAUAUUGUCCAUCAGUCCAUAAAACGGGUUAAGCGAGACCUCUUCGGGUUUUGGUCCGAUGCUGACGAUUCAACUAGCACAACAUCUGCCAAAACCACCGAACAAUCAGAUUCCACUUCAUUGCUAAGACAUGUACGGACAACAGAUGACAUUAGCACCACUACACCCGCAGCUGUUUCCACUACACAACGAGGGGAUACUUCUAUGACUGACGACGAAGACGAUAACAACAUCAAUUCCGGCGAUGGAGAGGGUUCGGGAGAUACCGAAGACAAUCAUUCAGCGCCCAAAACUGAAAACAAGAGCACAACAUCUCUGACGAGUCCGUUUACGACCACGCAGACCUCAAUUCAAAAUAUCACUACUCCUAUUGCGUCGACAACCACUACCACGACUUCGACAGUUCCCUACGACCCCUUUGCCCCGUCACAAGUUUUGAUCAUUUAUCGUGUGUACAUGACCGUCAACGAACCAUACAUCAGCGAUUAUGCGAAUCCGAGCAGCGAACCCUUCAGCUGGUUAGCCAACAACUUCAGUUUAGCGUUGAACGAGGCGUUACGAUCUUGGACAAAUGAUGUCGAGCCUCGGGUGGUGGCAAUCAAACCGAGUGCAGACAAUUUCCUAACAGAAGUCACUGUAGAUAUUGAAACCAACGACCGUCAACCACAAGAAACAUUAGAAACGUUCCUUAAGUACUUCAUUGAUCAUUCAAGAAAUUAUAACCCUAGUAUAACGGUCAUCGAUAAAGGAUUUCGCGUGGUCAGAGCAUUCGCCGGUAGAAAACAUAGAUGCUACCCAGGUGACAAGCUUUGCGCACCUACAGAUACUUGUUUACCGCCAGAGGCUACGUGCAAUGGUAAGCUCGAUUGUCCAGACGGGUCAGACGAACAAAAUUGUCCGACAACAACUACAUCUAGACUGCGUACAGCUUUGAGCAGCUUUAACAGCACAUGUGCACCCGGCCAAUUCCAAUGUGACGGUGGCAGGUGCAUUUUGAGUUGGAGACGGUGCAACGGUGUUGAAGACUGUUUGGACCGGACGGAUGAGUUGGGUUGUUCUCGGACUUCUGAGUGUACUGCAGGAGAAUUUAAGUGUCACACAUCAAUGGUUUGUAUAAACAAAUCACUUCUAUGCGAUGGUUACAAACAUUGUCAGGACGGUUCGGACGAACAAAACUGUAGUAUACAUAAUGCUGUUUGCGACAAGAGUCAGUUCCAGUGUCAAAUCGACAAGGUGUGCAUUGACAGCAGGAGACGUUGUGAUCGGUUCGACGACUGCUCUGACGGAUCGGAUGAAGUGGAUUGCGACACUUGCACUUCCGAAGAGUUUCAGUGCUACGACGGCAAAUGUCUGAACAUCGACAAGAGGUGUAACGGUAAAGAGGAAUGCAGUACGGGCGAAGACGAAGUCAACUGCGGACCACCGCCUUUAGAUCCCGGCUCAGACCCCAUGCUUGCACCUUGUGCCGAAUCGGAUUUCACGUGUAAUGACAAGAGUUGCAUACCCAUGUCGAGGUCAUGCGACGGACAGGCGGACUGUCCGGACGCCGAGGACGAACUGAAUUGCACCUACGAUAACAACGGGCCAACCUCGCCGCCCUUGCGGCCAACGGUUACUUGGCCGCCGGUCAGAAAGCCUUUGCCGCCCGUCAUCAUUCCUUGUUUGUCCAACGAGUUCCAAUGCCGCGACGGUCAGUGCAUCCUCAGCAAUUACCUUUGCGAUGCCAUCGAUGACUGCAAAGACGGCAGUGAUGAAUCGGAUUGCAAACCGACGACGACGACGACAACCACCACCACAACGACCACUCUUCGUCCGUUACCGCCACAGACAAAUUCCAGCAUCUUCACACGUCCCUCGGAGCCAUCUGUAUAUGUAACGUGUAACUGGAAUGAAUUCGCUUGUCGCAACAGAAGGCAAUGCAUUCCAAAAUCGGCCAAGUGCAACAACAAAGUCGACUGCUACGACUAUUCAGACGAAGAAAAUUGCUAUGGAACUCCAGACGGAUUAAACUUGAAGACCUAUCCUAACGAACAAACCAUUAAAGAAAACAGAGAAGUAGUUUUCCAAUGUCGGGACGAAGGCCCCUUGAGGGCUCCAGUCCGAUGGACGCGUGGCAACGGACUGUACUUACCACCUGGAUCUAAAGACAUCAAAGGUCGAUUGGAAAUGCCCAACAUCAAGGUCGAACACAGUGGCACAUACAUAUGUGAAGCAAUCGGUUUCUCUGCAUCAGAUCCGGGAGCUCGCGUAUCCGUCUACCUCAACGUAGAACCAUGGGUUGAUCCUACUGUUCGUCCUCCGACAGUCUGUGGAAUUAACGAAGCCACUUGUUCGAACAAACAGUGUAUUUCAAAAAAUAAAGUUUGCGACGGUCACGUGGACUGCGAGGAUGGCUCUGACGAGACCCGUUGCAAUAUGUUCGGUUGUCAGCCCAACGAAUUCCGCUGCAGCAACAAGAAGUGUAUUCUGAAGACAUGGGUGUGCGACGGACAAGACGACUGUGGAGACAACUUCGACGAACAAAACUGCGCACAAAAGAGAUCAGACUCCCACUGCAUGAUCAGCGAAUUCGAGUGCAGGAACAAAGAAUGCAUUCCCAGUUCAUUCCAGUGCGACUCACAAUCCGACUGUUCUGACGGAAGUGACGAAUUCGGUUGCCGUCCUGUGCAAUUCGUAACUAAUCCGCCGCCGAUGGUCACUGUAGACGUCGGAGCUGUGUUCGUUACCACGUGCAAAGCGAUCGGUGUGCCUGUACCGGAAAUUUCGUGGCGUCUCAACUGGGGUCACGUACCUUCCAAGUGCUUGAUGACCAGUGUAGGUGGUUACGGUACACUCACUUGCCCGGACAUCCAAGAAGCCGACCAAGGCGCGUACAGCUGCGAGGCUAUCAAUAUCCACGGGUCAGAAAUAACAAAGCCCGACACAAUUCUGGCGGUUAAACCACCUCCUCCGUCGCCAAACUUGUCAUGCCCCAGAGGAACGUUCAACGAUGUCGCUUUGAACCAGAACGAUUGCAUUAAUUGCUUUUGUUUCGGCAUAUCGUCCAACUGUAGGAGUUCUAAACUGUUUAAAAUUCAGAACAAACCGUUUAUAAACCAAUUCAGAGUGGUUCCCGUUCACGUGGAACCGUCCACCUUGAACAUCCAGCUGGAAACCGGUAAUCUUCCUGCGUACCAGACAAAUCCCAAUCGAAACGAAGCGUUGCAAGUGUUCGCUGCCGGCGAUGUGUCGUCUAGGACCGAAAACACUUAUCCGUACUUCAAAUUCCCAGACGGUUACUUGGGCAAUCAACUCAAAUCGUACGGAGGACAAAUAACUUACACGAUCAGAUACGAAGGAAGUGGAGACGCGAUUAAGUUUGUUCCGGAUAUUAUCUUAAUCGGAAACGGCUACACGCUUAUAUAUUUUGCACAAGAGAUACCGGUAGGCGUGGAUACGGUAGUAUCGGCUAAGUUGACUGCAUAUAUUUGGCAAAAAGCAACCAGCGACUACAAAAAAACCAGUCCCGCCAGCAGAGAGGAAAUAAUGAUGGCACUGGCAAACGUAGAACAUAUUUUGAUUAGGGGUCAAUACAUAGGCCAACAAUCCGAAACGAACAUAAAAAAUAUCAAAAUGGACUCGGCACAAACACAGUUUAGUUCAAACGAACACGUGGCGUUUAUUGAAGAAUGUCAGUGCCCCGCUGGUUACACCGGACUUUCAUGUGAAAGUUGUGCGCCUGGGUACGUACGCAUACAACAAGGCCCGUGGUUGGGACAGUGUUUCAAAGAAGACCCAGUGUGUGCGACAGGAACUUAUGGCGACCCGUUAAGAGGCAUACCGUGUAGAGCUUGCCCUUGCCCAUUGACAUCACCCGGCAAUCAAUUCGGCAGAAACUGUUACUUGGACACGGACGGACAACCUACAUGCAACUGUAUCGACGGAUAUGUCGGACGCAGAUGUGACCAGUGCGCCACUGGGUAUUCAGGCAACCCAUUACUGCCCGGAGACUCUUGCAAACAAGGCGUGUGUGAUAUCGGUGGGUCGGUAUCGCCAUUCCCCGACCAGACUAAUGGAAAAUGCAUAUGCAAGGAAUAUGCAACUGGUAAUUUGUGUAAUCAAUGUAAGGCUAACACGUUUAACAUAGCGCCAGAAAAUCAGUUCGGAUGCAUCAGUUGCUUCUGUAUGGGAAUAACAAAUCAAUGUUCCAGCUCCAGGCUAUACCGACAACAAAUAACCACAACGUUUGUGAAGUCCAACCAAGACGUGAAGUUAGUCGAACGGGCCACGCACUGGAAUCCGUUACCCAGUCCGACCAUCGACAGCAACGCCACGGAAAUAGUCUACACUGACUUUACUCCUGGAAAUCAAGAUGUAUUUUAUUGGACUUUACCACCACGUUUCCUCGGUGACAAAAUCACAUCGUACGGUGGCUCUCUCAGUUACGCCUUAAGACACGUGCCGGUACCCGGUGGCCAGUCGUCGAGAAAUAGCGCACCCGACAUUGAACUUAUAAGUGACAACAAAAUCCGAUUGCUGCACUACGGCCGCGAGUACGUAGAGCCGAACACCAUGAAAUCCAUAUCUGUGAAACUGUUAGAACAAUACUGGCAACGACCCGAUGGCCAAGUCACCAACCGCGAGCACUUGCUGAUGGCAUUGGCCGGACUCAAGUACAUACUGAUCAAGGCAUCCUACACCACCGGCGUCAGAGAAGUGGCGUUACAUCGAGUAUCGCUAGACACUGCCGACUCGUACAACACCGGACAAAAUCGUGCAGUGGAAGUUGAAGAAUGCGUUUGCCCGGAGGGAUACAAAGGCUUGUCGUGUGAAGACUGCGACGUAGGAUUCACUAGAAACGGACAAGGACUCUAUUUGGGUAUUUGCGAACCGUGCACUUGUAACGGUAACUCAAAUCAUUGUGACCCCGACACGGGCGUUUGUGUGAACUGUCAAAACCAUUCUACUGGCGACGAGUGCAAUGAAUGUUUACCCGGGUACAGUGGAAAUCCGGCAAAGGGCGAACCGUGUAUGGCCAAAAACCUGACCGAAGGUUGUGAAUGUGACCCCAGAGGUACAAUGUUACCGUGCCGCGACAACAAAUGCAUUUGCAAAACCAACGUAGAAGGAUCACGUUGUAGCCAUUGUCGACCGGGCACCUACGACCUGUCCGAGAAGAACAUAGAAGGCUGUUUAGAAUGUUUCUGUUCAGGUGUUUCCUCGGACUGUUUCCCGUCGAAUUUGUUCGUCACCCAAAUACCUAUGCAACUUCUUGGACAAAGUCACGGUUUUACCUUGACCGACAGGAGCAGAAGUCGAUUUAUCAAAACCGGAUUUACAAUCGACUUGGCCAAAAACGAAAUCGGAUACGAUUACACGCCUAACCGCGGUGAACAACUGUUUUGGUCUCUACCAUCUUCGUUCACCGGGAAUAAGGUAACAUCGUACGGAGGCUAUCUUAAUUGGACUCAACGGUAUACGACUCUUCCGGCGUCCAUUGUACGCAACGACACUGACAUAGUUUUAAUCGGAAACGGCAUUUGGCUGUACAAAAACAACGAAAAGAACAUUCAACCAGAUGAACCAACGACGUUGAGCGCUCAUCUGGUGGAAAAGGGUUGGCGUCGGUUGAUUUCGUCAGGUCCCAAAUCUGCAUCCAGAGCGGAAUUCAUGAAAGUCCUCUCGUCCAUUGAAGCCAUUCUCAUCAGGGCCAUACACGCUUCGCAGACCAUCGGCACGUACCUCAGCGACGUCAGCUUGGACACUGCCAUCGAGAUAGGCUCUGAAGUCGGCGGCGAAAGGUCUACCGCCGUUGAGAUUUGCAGGUGUCCGACCGGCUACAGAGGAACGUCUUGCGAGAUUUGCAGUUCCGGUUACUACAAGGACGGCGAUGAAAAAUGCACGAGAUGUCCUUGCAAUUCCAACGAAGAGAGCUGUUCUCUUGGCCCGGACUCCAGAGUGGUCUGUAACUGUCUGCCGGGAUUCACCGGAAACAACUGUAAUCUUUUAGUAAACAAACGGAACUCGAGUAGUUUAGUAACUGGUACGAUGAUUAAGCUUGUACCGACUCAUAGCAUAGCGGAACCCGUAGGGACCAUUGUAAAUUUCACGUGUAGCUAUGAUAGCGUCGUGCCGAUGGAGAUACACAUUCAGGAACGAUACGCCGACAUGUUGUUGAAUGAUAACAAUUUGUUGACCGAUAGCCAGUAUGGGCCUUAUAUUAAUUUUACAAACGGCGCCUCCCGAGAAUUUUCGGUGCUCGUUAAGCCGCACAUGUCCUCGGUAACGUGUAGCAUUCGCGACAGCUAUAACAACGAACUGGGGCAGAUUUCCACAAUAAUUGAACCAAACAACACAGAUACCGGAGACCAAUCCGAAACGUCGACCUCGACUACCAGACAACCACCGCCACUUCCAACACCAGAAAUUUACGUACAAGUCACUGAACCUAAAUUUGAAAUUACCCAAAUAGGCAGUUCCGUUACAUUUAUUUGCACCGCUCACUCUCGUCGUGCAUCGUCGGUUAACAUAACAUGGUCGAGAGAAAACGGGCAACUUCCACCUAGACGGUCUCAGGAUUCUGGAACUGGUUAUUUACAAUUAGUAAACGUGAUACCAUCCGAUUCCGGUACUUACAUUUGUACAGCCACUGAUGGUUAUACGACUUUUACCGACAAAAAAAUUCUCAGCGUCAAUGUAGCAGUAAGCCCGACUACAAGACCAACAGGACAGUCGGACAUUUACAUAUCCGUAUCCGAUCCGCCAAUCGAAAUCGUUGAAGUCGGUGGCACUGUAAGGUUUUCUUGUGUUGGCAGAUCUCGACACACUCAGAACGUGCUUUUAAAAUGGUCCAAGGAAGGAGGAUAUCUACCGUCCAACAGAGUGGUUGACAGUGGUUCUGGAUAUUUGACCAUUACCAACGCAGUCCCCUCCGAUUCCGGGGUGUACAUUUGUACGGCCUCUGACGGAUAUUCGUCAAUCAGCGAAAAGAAAACAGUCGCCGUUGGAGGUGCAAGUGUGAUUAAGCCCAAAGUGACGAUCACGCCGAAAUACCUCGAACUGUACUUGGGUGAUCCCGCUGAAUUCGCAUGCCAGUCUCCAGGAUUUUCAACCUUAGAAUGGUCUAGAGAUUUAAAUAAGCCGUUCAACCCAUCCUAUUCUUCAUCUGACGGCGUGUUCCGUAUAUCAGCAGUCCAGCAAUCAGACCAGGGCACUUACUACUGUAGAGCUACCAAUCAGAACGGCGAGACUGACUCACAAAGAGCUUUAAUCUACAUUAAAGCGCCCGUAAGUACAAAUACCACCGAACCUUCUGAUUUACUAGCAUUGACAAUCGACCCGCCGCAAUAUUCUGGCCCGGGCGAUGAAGUGCGUUUGCUGUGUACUAUAUCGGAUGAAUCGAAUUAUGUAAUCAAAUGGACACGAGCUGGUGGUCUGCCACUGCCUUAUGGAUCCACACAAUCUGGCGGUCAAUUGCUUUUGCGCAAUUUAAGACCUUAUGACGCUGGAUUGUAUGUGUGUUCGGCCAUGUCGUUGAGAACUGGUGCGAUAGAAUCCGAAGUCCAAGCAACAGUCAAUCUCGUGACCGCCAAGAGUCCACCGACGUUGCGUGUUGAUCCGGAAAGACAAAAGGUUGCACAAGGUACCCCCGCUGAAUUCCGUUGUCUUUCGACUAACGAUCCAAACAUUCAAGUACAAUGGUCCAAAGUCGGGGAAAAAGAGGAUUUAUCUCCUAAUGCUCAGAUAUUCGGCUCGACUCUAAGGAUCCCGUCCGCACAAGUCAGAGACCGCGGUGUUUACCUGUGUAAAGCGACCAACGAAGCCGGAACAUCACAAGUGUCCACGGUCCUCGAUAUCGAUCGAAGAGAACCUCCUAUCAUCGAAUUGUAUCCAAACGCUAGACAGACCGUUACUAUUGGUGGCAGCGUUUUGUUCCAAUGCCGCGCGAUUAGUGGAAUACCUACUCCCGAAAUCAAAUGGACCAGACGUAACAAUCAAACCUUACCGAGUCAAGUAGAACUGUUGAAGGGCGGCGUUUUGAGAAUUAGCGGAAUGGAAGCAUCAAGUGCUGGCGAAUAUGUGUGCGAGGCAUGGAACAACGCCGGUAUGACGUCGGCCACCGCCAUCCUCGAAGUCCAGUCUGCACCAGAAAUUACACUGAGGCCAUCACGAGAUGUCACGGUAAUGCCGGGCAAAUCUGUGAGGUUGGAAUGCUUGGCUACGGGAAGCCCGCUACCUAGUGUCACCUGGACGAAAAUCGAGUCAGUUUCGGAUAGCUUGAACGCGGCCAGAAGCGAGUCGACACUGAGUAGUAACGCUUUGUUCGAAAUAAACAAUGCUCAGCUGUCAGACGCUGGAAUAUACUCUUGCCUAGCUCAAAACAAUGCUGGAAUCGUCGAAGAACGUUUACAGCUGACUGUUUCCGAUGACAUCAAUGAUAUAACCGGUGGAGAAGUCAAUGAAAAAGGACCCAAUAGAGGAGACAUAUCCGGUGACGAUUACAAUAUCGCUUCCAACAUCAAACCGGAUGAAGACCUGGUUAAUGUAGUCGGAUCCAGAGCGGUAUUAACCUGUAACGCCGGUGCAACCGCGGCUAGAGACCGCAUUACCUUGACUUGGACCAGAAGUGAUCGGUUACCGCUGUCAGAGGAGCACGACAUCUAUGAAAACUAUCUAGUCUUAAAAAACGUACAGAAAUCGGAUCAAGGUCAAUACAAUUGCAUAGGCAUUUCUCCAGGCGGAAACGUCGUGUUUAGUCGACCAGUUUCGUUGAAAGUUGUCGAGCCACCAAGGAUAUUCUUAAACCCUACCAGACAAAUCGUGAGACGAGGUGAUAACGCUCAGAUCAUUUGCACCGCAGAAGGAGAUCAACCGAUAACGAUCACUUGGUCAAAACUAUCCAGCCGAUCGUUACCGCCGACCGUACAGACCAAUGGAGAAUAUCUUAGGUUUAUCAGUAUCACCGAACAGGACACCGGUAGAUAUUUGUGUAAAGCGGUCAAUAAUGUCGGAGAAGCCGAAUCGGUUGCCGAAGUCAUAGUGAACGAUCACUCGAGAGAGCCACCUGCGCCACUCAUCAAAGCGGUAGAACAUAAUCAAGAAGCUUACGAAGGCAGUACGAUUAAUCUCCGAUGCACUGUGCCCAAAACGAGCGAGCAAUACUCGGUGAAGUGGAGUCGAUAUCGAUCGCCAUUACCCAACGACACUCAGGUGUACGGAAACGUGUUGCGAUUACAAAAUUUGAAGAUCGACGACAACGAUCGGUACCUGUGUAAGGUGGAAACCCCAUACGGUUCAGGCACCGACUACAUAGACCUCAGAGUGCUCCGACCUUGUCUACGCGACGAGUUUCGCUGUAAAGAUGGCGUUUGCAUUAAUUUGUCACAAUAUUGCGACGGCGCUCAGGACUGCGCUGACAAUUCGGACGAGGAAGAAACGUGUUCCCGCAACAGUAAUCGAAUUGGUCGCAACUCCGGUCUGUACAUCAAACCCGGUUUGAAGACCGUACACGUGGGCGACACUCUCGAUUUAGAAUGCAUAUGGUCCAGCGACGUCAGAGUUCCCGGCGAGUACAGUGAGAUAUCGUGGGCUAAAGUUAACGACGACAUGGAGAAAAACGUCGAAAACCAAGGCUCCACCAUCAAGAUCGUCCACGUGAACCCUGAGAACGGUGGCACGUACAGAUGCACGAGACGUGACCAAAACAACAACAUCGUUACGGAAGACUACGAAUUAGCAGUGACGCAACAAUCGUCUGACGCCGCCUUACCGUCAGUGAACACCAAGUAUGCGCCUUACGGAAAGUCGGUGGUCAUCGAGUGCAACACGGACUUAACGCCGCCGGUCGAAUAUUCCUGGUCGAAAUUCGGACCUCAAAUGGAACCUAUUUUUGAUCGCAAAAACUUGACCAUGUACAACGUGACGGAAAAGAGCGCCGGUCUAUACUUGUGCACGGCUUCUAACGACAACCUGAGGAUUGACGUGCCGGUGGUGCUGGUCGUCACCGGUAUUGUACCUUCGUUCCGUGGCACCGACAGCUACUUGGCGUUCCCCACCCUUUUGAACACUUACUUAGAGUUCAACAUCGAGGUGCACUUCAAACCCGAAGAGGAGGAUGGUCUCAUAUUGUACAACGGCCAAAAGCCCGGAGCCGCCGGUGACUUCUUCUCGUUUGGUCUGAACGGAGGUGUACCGGAGUUCAGGUUCGAUGUGGGUUCUGGUGCGGCGGUCAUUAGAGCAACGGAACCUGUAUCGAUAGGCGUGUGGCACACGGCCAAGCUGGCAAGAGUGAAGAAACACGGUAACAUGUACAUCGACGGCCGUGGACCUUACCAAGGUGUCAGCCCUGGUACGUUCCAAGGAAUGGACUUGGCUCAACCAAUGUAUGUCGGUGGAGUGCCAGACUUCAAUUCUAUUCACAAGGACGCAGGAUUCCGUAAAGGAUUCGUCGGUUGCGUGAGCGGCUUCAAGUCCGAAGCCCGUUCGUACAACUUGAUGAAGGACUCGGUGGACAAGAACGGUCUAGGAACGUGCGACGUAUGUUCCAACAACCGGUGUAUGAACCAAGGGAUAUGCCAAGAAGCCCAAGGCGUCAGCCAAGAAUAUUCGUGCAUUUGCCAACCCGGUUUCAGUGGUGACUAUUGCCAGAACAUUCGGGAAGUUUGUACGCCAGGUGUUUGUGGACUCGGAGAAUGUCUGACCGGUCACGAAGAGAUCGAAUGCAAAUGCAAAGUGGGCACAAUCGGAAAGAGAUGCGAACGUAACAUCGAAAUCGUCGAACCAUAUUUCUCCGGUCAUUCUUACUUAGCGUACCCGGCACCGACGUCACAACAAAAGUUAAACAUAUCGUUGAAAAUCAAUCCUACGUCGUUGGUGGACGGUGUGAUUCUCUACGCGGCGCAAAACCUUCAAGGAAUAGGCCAGUACAUGGCAAUUAUCAUUAAAGACAGACAAGUGGAAUUCCGAUACACAGUUAACGGUAUAACGUCCAUGUUACGAAGCCGACAAUAUUUGGAAAUUGGUGAAUGGGCGACGAUUGUCAUCAGCCGCAACACGUUUACACAAGAGAGCAGGUUGUCUGUCAACAGAGAAUCGCCGAUCAGAGCAAUCGAAAACGGAAACAUGCUCCCAUUAGAACUAAAAACUCAUCUCUUCGUUGGCGGUUAUGAUCCGUACAAAAUAAAAAUUUCUUCGCAAGUCGAAGUUGAUAGUGGUUUUAAAGGAUGCAUUAAAGGGCUUGAAAUCUCCGGAAUAGAUUUGGACGUGAUCAAUUCGGCUAUCGAUUCGGCCAACAUUGAAGACUGUGCUAAUGUGCGCGGAGACGCCUGUUCGUACAACCAUUGCAAAAACGGCGCCAGUUGCCAUUCCACGACCAAGUACUACGAAUAUACUUGCGAAUGUGAACCGGGUUAUAGCGGUCCCAAAUGCGAUGCUGAGGCCAACCUGUGCUCCACUUUGAACCCAUGCCACAACGGAGGCUCUUGUACCGACAUCGAUGCCAGCUCGUAUAAAUGCGAUUGCCCCCUGGGAUAUUCGGGGCCCACUUGUAACGAAAAAGUCACGUUAGAUAUCACGGCCAAUUUUACCGGAAACAGUUACCUGCAGUUGGACAAAGCGCUGAUAGACAAGACCAAAGGGGAACAUUCCAUAUCGCUGGCGUUCACCACGUCGUCGGCCAACGGACUGCUCUAUUGGCAAGGCGAGGUCGCCGAUGGAAAGGAACUAAUAGAAAACUAUAUCGCAAUUUCGAUCGUCAACGGCUACGUGGAGUUCAGCCGCAAGUCCAGAGGAACAAUGCAGCUUACCACGUCGAUCAGAGCAACCGACCACCACGUCAACGACAACGAACCGCACUCGGUAACGGUUCGCGGUAACGGCAAUGAGUGGUCUCUGGAGUUGGACAGACGGACGACGGAAUUCGGCAAGGACCGGGGCGAAGGACUCGAAAAGCUCUUGGAGUCAUCCGAUUUGAUUUACAUUGGCGGAUUGCCGGAUACCAUUUCGUCGUUGAGCGUUAACCGCAUUACAGGAUUCGAAGGGUGUGUUAGCGAUGUACGGAUACAAGAGUCUGGCUACGUUAAUCUCGACCAAAAAUCCGUGUCUGCCAAAAAUGUCGCAUCUUGCAACAGACACGACACUAGCAAUCUCGUGCAAAAGACCAAAUGAGCAAGACAUUCAACAUCAUUGCCACCGCUAAGUAUCUACUGCGACUAACUAAUAGUAUAAUAUACCAAAUUGUAUACUGUACAAUUAAUACAUUUUUCAAUUUUUCAAUUUAAGGAUUAACUAUUAUAUAUUGUUUGUUUUUAAAUUAGUUAAGAACUUUUGCUUUUAAUAAUCAUUUUGUAAUUAAAACAUAUUUUAGCAUUGAACUUUAUACAAGCCUAAAUUAGUAACACUUAGCGGCAUUUACAUUAGCAUUUAGCUUGCUAUCUAUUACAUACAAAAUGUAAAAGUGUAUUUGUGCGUGUGUGUGCGAUUACACAUUAUUACGCAUGUUUUUAUUCAUUCACUUUUCAUCAUUUAAUUAAAUCUACUGUAUUUGUACUAUGUAUCUGCGCGAUAACCCAUCUAGGGAUGCGUAAACACUAUUCGAUCGUAAUAUAGGUACACACAAUAGUACCAUUUUUAUUUUUAAUAUUUAAAAUAAAUAUAUUAUAAUAUACCUAUAUGUAGCGGAUUAACCAACGUUGUGUUCCAUUAAGACUAUCCCUAUAGUGUACACCAUACACAACAAUAUAUAAGUACACCUACCGCGCUAUAUUUCGUGCGCUAGUCAGAUUAAUAAUGUUUUAAUUUAAUUUAAUAUAAUAUGCUUGUUCCAUACAUCUACCUUAUUUUUUUUUUUAAUUUAACGCGUAAUUAUUUAUUGAAUAAAUAUUAAUAAAUCAUAUUAUUAUU